CUGGACUGUCCACCACGACACAACAUGUCAGCCCCUUUGGCCAAAGGUAUUGUGAUUACGGUUUCAGUUCUCGUUGCUGCAGGUAUUGCUGUCUAUGAGAGCCCUCAGCUUCAGGAAUGGCUCCGAUCCUCCCGUCGGAAGAUAGCAUUAACGCUGAACAAUUGGGGAGAUGAGCUUACCUCUCAUGUAUCCCAGAGGAGAGAUGAUAUCUCUAUGACAGAAGAGCUAGGAGAACAAGCCGAACUCAGAAGGAGGAAAGUGCGGGAAGAUAUACAACGUCGUCGUGAACUUCUGUCAUCUUGCAAGCGGCAUCGAGCUCCUAUAACCAGCAGCAGCAAUUUUGAUGCCCUCGUCGAUAGUGAGGGUCGACUAAAGCCAUCAGUAGAAGAUGACAAGAUCAGCGACUCUGAAUCUAAAUCCACUGGAGUCGAGAUCACUGCCGCUGAGCCUACCAGUCGAUUCCUCAAUAGAAGUUGCGAUUUUGCUCCAUCGAUAUCCAAUGUCGGUUCGACAGUUAACCCAGAACAGCAUCGUGAAUUAUUUGAAGAAAUCAGCAGAAAUAGGCUCCUUAUACCGGCACUCUCAGAAACGACUUCUAAUCAUCCUUCAGAGUCUUUGGUGGACUUGACACCAACGUCGGAAUUCUCUGAGUCAGAAUUAUCCUUUUCUUUACACAGCCAGCCAGAGAUCAUACAGGACACUCCUUCCGAUCAUCUACCCGUGGCUUCUCCCACAGCUUCCAGUCAUACGGAAGAAGGUUUUUACUAUGCUCACCCUGAUCACCUGACUGGGGAUUUUGCCGGUCCCGCACGCUCUGCUCCUACCGGCUUUGCAGAAAACGUCUGGGCCCACGAGGUGUCUUCCACGCCGUCUAUAGCAUCCAGUCUUAGCCAUAUCCAAAACGAGGCAUUUGAUACUACUUCAGACGGUACGUUGAGCGAUUUGGGCCGGGACCGCGACAAUUUGUACACUCCAGUCAGCUGGUCUGAAGUUGGCAGUGUUGUUAGCAGUAAUGAUGAAGGCUCCCAGUAAUAUUUACCAGGCGCACAUCCAAAGCCCUUGCAUAAAGCUGGUCAGGCGUUUUUUUCGGCGAUGUACCGUUUUCCCCGUUGCUACUAUAUCUUGGGGGACACGUGCCUGUAAUACCCUCCAGGGAUAGUUUCCCGGUGCGUUUUUCCCAGUCAAUGGUCUGUAUAAGUGUCAAUUGGUUGGCAGAUUACGCUAUAUAUACAUGGAGUAAAUGUGCUCUUUUU